AUGUGUUGCAACUACGGCAACUCCUGUGGCUAUGGCUGCAGCUAUGGCACUGGCUGUGGCUGUGGCCCCUAUUAUGGCUGUGGCUAUGGAACAGGCUAUGGCUGUGGAUAUGGCUCCUGCUGUGGCUAUGGCACCGGAUAUGGCUGUGGCUAUGGCUAUGGCUCUGGCUGCUGUAGCUACAGACCAUUUUGCUACAGAAGAUGUUAUUCUUCUUGCUGCUAG